CAGGCACCCGCAUCCAGUGCAGCCCCAGCUCAGGCUCACUUGGCUGGAGACAUCUGCUACUAGAAGAUGUUCUCUUGCUGCCGGCCCACGUCUGGGGGCUCUGGCUCCCAGGAACCCCAGGGGUGCGGCUUGUUCCUAUGCUGUAGGCAGUGGCUCCAGCAUAGGUACCAAGGUGUCAGGGCGGUGAUCAGGAGGCGCCGUCAGGGUGCAGGGGCCGCGGCCGGGAAGGGGCAUCAGAUCGUCCUGACCAAGCUCACCCGGACGGAGCUGCUGGAGUACAAAGUCCGACAACUGCUGCUCGCCUUGCAGCGCAGGGACGUCAUCUACAUCUUCAGCUUUUUAGAGGAUUAUCGUACAUUCGCCACCACGGACGAGGUGCUGGACCUGCUGUUCACCGAGUAUGGGUGCAUCGCAGAUGCGUGGGGUAACAACGAUGUGGUCCUGCAGUGCUGGAAACUGGCCAUGUCCUUCAUGAUGGAAAUAUGGCUGAAUUAUUAUGGGGACGACUUUCAUCAGUUCCCAGAAUUUCCCUCCCUUAUAAAACUCCUGGAAUUGUUAAGACAGCACAUGCCAGGCACAGAUGCGCAUCUCCGGGCCCUGCGUCACCUGAGGCAAUUCAGACGCCUCCAUGCAGGAGCGAGAGGCUGGGCUCCGACCGUGGGGCCUGCUGCCCCGUGGGGCCUGGCUGCUGGGGCUGAGGGCUUGGCCUGCGAUGAGCCGCCUGCUGGGGAGGCAAAGCCCCUGCAGAUAGUGGUCACUGCUGCCCUGCAGGAGCCCCCUGCACCCCUGGGAGCCCUGGAAGAGGAGCAGGCACCACCCCCUGCUCUCGAGGUCGUGGAUGUGCCCCAGCCACCUCCUAACUGA